AAUUAACUAAGUAAAAAUGUCACAAUUUAAUUUUUUCAAUGAAAUCAACAGCGCUUUGACAAUGGAUGGUGAAAUUACCAGGGGUCCACCACCACGAUGGCAAAAGAAAAUGAUGGACGCUUCGUCCUCCAGUCAUUUGAAUGGUAGUCGCUCGGUGCUAUCUGUUUCGUACAAUACCAGUUUCUCGGGAGCAAAUCCACCGACCAAGACACCGGGUAAGACUGGAGAUGCAAAAAGUAAGAAGACACCAACACCCAGUAAGGGAUCAAAAACGCCUGGCGGUGGAGAUCGUUUCAUUCCAAAUCGUGGUACAACCAAUUUUGAAUUGGGUCAUUAUUUGAUAAAACAAGAACAAGACAAAUCAGAAAAUGACGAAGAAAACGACAGUGGUAACUCCAAUAAUAGUAACAAAAUGACACCAGCCAAAGCUGAACGCCAAAAAUUGAUAUCGGAUUCAAUGCAAGUGGCUGAUGGUAAAACUACACGUAUCCUGUCCUAUCAAAAUAAGGCACCAGCUGCACCUGAAUCACACACUAACCCCCUCAAAGUUGUGUAUUCCAUUAAGACACCCAUAUCUACGAAAAGUGGUUCACGUUAUAUACCCACAACAUCGGAUCGUAUAUUGGAUGCUCCUGAUAUUAUCAAUGACUAUUAUUUAAAUCUUUUGGACUGGAGUGCUGAUAACAUUGUCACAGUGGCUUUGGGCAAUGCUGUCUAUUUGUGGAAUGCUGCCACGGGUAACAUUGAACAAUUGGUGGAAUAUGAAGAGGGUGAUCAUGGCUGUGCUUUGGCAUGGAUACAAGAGGGACAGAUUUUGGCCAUUGGCAACAAUACUGGAGCCGUUGAGCUGUGGGAUUGCUCUAAAAUAAAACGUUUACGUGUAAUGGAUGGUCACUCGGCCCGUGUUGGCGCCUUGGCUUGGAAUUCAUUCUUGGUAUCUUCGGGCAGUCGUGAUGGCACCAUAAUCCAUCAUGAUGUCCGGGCUCGUGAACAUAAGGUGGCAAAUUUGGCUGGCCACACCCAGGAAGUUUGUGGUCUUAAAUGGUCGACUGAUUUCAAAUACUUGGCUAGUGGUGGCAAUGACAACUUGGUAAAUGUUUGGGCUGCCGUUAGUGGCGGUGUUGGCACUGGCAAUGAACCUCUACACAUUCUCAACGAACAUCAGGCUGCCGUACGUGCUUUGGCCUGGUGUCCUUGGCAGCCUAAUAUCCUUGCCUCGGGAGGAGGUACUGCUGAUAGAUGUAUUAAAUUCUGGAAUGUUAACAAUGGCUCUCUGAUUAAUUCUGUCGAUUCCAAGUCACAAGUUUGUGCUCUACUUUGGUCACGUAACUACAAAGAACUCAUUUCGGCUCAUGGUUUUGCCAAUAAUCAAUUGACCAUCUGGAAAUAUCCCUCAAUGGUAAAACAAGCUGAACUUACCGGGCACACAUCUAGAGUUUUACAAAUGGCUUUGUCACCCGAUGGUAGUACUGUAAUUAGUGCUGGUGCCGAUGAAACUUUACGUCUUUGGAAUUGUUUUGCCCCAGAUCCACAUACGGCUAAAAAAUCAUCUACAGCCGGUGCCAAAGCUAAACAAAGUGUUUUCCGUCAAAGUAUACGAUAG